AUGUCAGGUCAAAACCCACCAGUGUUUCAGCUAAGAAACCAACAAGACUCUUACCAGCAAGAGCAUACAGGCUCAAGUCCUGAAGAUGUCAUCGAGGCUCCCCAGAUCCAACCGCCCGGUCAAGAUAGCUUGCACCAGGACAUACCGGCGCAACCGUUUUACCACAAUGAGAGCGAUUCCCACCAGGCAAACGUCUUGCCAUCCCCUUCGACUAUCGAAACUGAGCGAGAGACGAUAGCUGAGAGUAUGCCAGCUUCCCUCACGGUACAAGAGGCUGUGAUCGAAGACGCCUCUAUUCUUAGACAGGAGCAGCUCGUCUGCUCGGAGCAACCCUUGUGCGAUAGCGCUGGCUCAAAAAGCAAACUUCAUCACCCAAUGUCACUGAUAGUGUAUGCUCCGUUCUGGAAAGUCUGGUGGAAAGAGAUCCUUUGCCUCAUGGCCAGCAUCGCCUUAUUGAUCGCUAUUAUCGUCUUUCUCGCUAUUUAUGACGAUCAAUCGUUGCCAAGUUCGCGUUCCAAGAUCACGCUUAACACAGUUAUCGCCCUCUUCACAACGUUGGCUAAAGGAGCCUUCAUGCUACCAGUAUCGACUGCUUUGAGCCAAUCGAAGUUCACCUGGUUCUUGAAAUCAAGACCCUUGCAUGAUUUUCAUGUCUUUGAUCAGGCAAGUAGGGGCUGGUCGGGUUCUAUGAAAAUGCUAUUUCGGGUGCGUUUCAAGCACACAGUCGCUCUUGGCGCUAUCUUGAUGAUCGUCAGCAUUCUUUCCUCCCCAGUAACUCAAUUGGCUAUCAACUACCGUCAACGAGAUGAUCCAGCACCUGGAGAGGUGGCUCGAGAAGCGUCAGUGAAGGCUACUAUGCCGGAUACUGCAAGUUUCGAAGUACCGGCACCCCCACAGAAAUCUGUGUGCUUUACAGGAAAUUGCGACUUUGAACCAUAUCAGUCACUUGGUGUUUGUGUUGACAUUGCCAACAUAACUUCUAAACUUCGCGUUGAGCCGAUAAGUAACUUGACGUCGGACUUGAUCGCGGGCGGUAAUGGGAGACUGACUCUCGGUCGAAAGACAUGGAACAUCAGCCUGUCGAGCAAAUAUGGGCUCUUGCACCAAAGCUCAUUAGUUCUCAAAGGCGACUUGCUUGAGGGGUCCGAUACCUUCGGCUUCUCAAACAGAACAAGGCUUCUCAAAACCAGAAACAGCUCGUACUUCUUCAUCUACACUUCUCCGCUACGGCCUGACAAAAUCUUGCAUCUUCCGAGUCAGCCAGACGGUGCCGAAGAUAUGUACUACUCGAUUACGGACUUUAAAUACGAGGCAGUCGAGGUCAUGUUCCAUCUCUGCGUUCAGACAUUCGAAACAAAGGUUCAUAAGGGGGUUGAACAGACCACGAUAACCAAUACUAUAUCGCAAAUAGAUGACCCAAGCAAAGGAAUCAUCAUGGGUCCCAAGUGUAUAGUUUCGGAGGAAGGAAAUCGUAUGUGCGGACUGGCGAAAGAAACAGACGGCUUGGUUGCUCAAAUCACACCCCCGAAUGCUGGAACAAGGAGGUUUAGCGCCUCAUACGCGUCCAUGUGGUGUAUGGUCGAGGGUUUAUCCUGGGUGCUGCAAGGAGAAGCAGAAUUGAGCCUUGCGCACCUUGAAUCAGAUGGCUUCUUUUGGGUUGGUAACUUUGCCCUGGCCUGGCUCGAUGAUGUGCUCUACACCAACCAGACUAUCUUCAACUCCACACAGCGAGCGAUCUAUCUCGGCAACUUUCUCACAAAUAUGGCUACUAGCAUUUCAUCUGCACUACGAACCACUCAUCACCAAGAUGAGAGACCAGGCGUGGUCGUUAUCGAGGGAACCCCUCUAAAGGAGGUGUCAUUUGUCCAUAUAAGUUGGGGUUGGGUUUCUUUCCUCGCCGUCGAGAUUACUGCAGCGACACUCUUACUUACCAUCAUAAUUGCUGCCCAGAGUGCGGCAUAUCGAAAACGAGGACCGGAGAAUGUCUACAUCCCGGCCGACGUAAAGGAUUCGGCUUUGGCAAGCCUUGUCGUCCUCAGUAAUGAGUGCCGCGAAGCCUUAAGCGAUGGUCUCCAGCCGGCAGCUAUUCUUCAGAAGACUUCGAAGAAAUUGCAAGUCACGCUUCGAGGGAACGAAUUUGAGCUUGCUGGUGACCCCGAAGGGCCAUCUUCUCCUUCAGGCAAAUAUAGUACCCAAGAGGUAUCCGCGGAAGAACAUGCCAUUCCCAAGAAGCGUUUUCUUGGUCGAAUUUUUACGAGUAUGCGAGCGUGA